AUGGGUCUCUCCGUCUCCCGCCUUCUCUCCGGCCUCUUCGGCAAGAAGGAGAUGCGUAUACUCAUGGUCGGUCUCGACGCCGCCGGUAAGACCACGAUCCUCUACAAGCUCAAGCUCGGCGAGAUUGUCACCACCAUCCCCACCAUCGGCUUCAAUGUCGAGACCGUUGAGUACAAGAACAUCUCGUUCACCGUCUGGGAUGUCGGAGGACAGGACAAGAUCCGUCCCCUCUGGAGGCAUUACUUCCAGAACACGCAGGGCAUCAUCUUCGUCGUCGACUCGAACGAUCGGGAACGUAUCUCGGAGGCCCGCGAGGAGCUCCAGCGUAUGCUCAACGAGGACGAGCUCCGCGACGCCCUCCUCCUCGUCUUCGCCAACAAGCAGGAUCUCCCGAACGCCAUGAACGCCGCCGAGAUCACGGACAAGCUCGGCCUCCACGGCCUCCGGCAGCGGACGUGGUUCAUUCAGGCGGCGUGCGCGACGAGUGGAGACGGUCUCUACGAGGGUCUCGAGUGGUUGAGCACCAACAUCAAGCGGCGGGUGUAA